CAUACCAAUCUGCAAAAAAAAAAGGUAUCGCUGAACAAAUCUGAAUGUGAUUCAAAAGAUUCGAGUCACUGGGAAGAAUCAAAACCCAGGCACAGCAACGAGCACUGUAGCCUAGAUACUGAGGAAGACAGCUGCCCCACUAAGUCCCACAAUAACCAGAUACGGUUUAAAAUGCUGUUAGUAUAAAAUAAAACGUUUACUGAAAAAAUAAAAUGAACGACUCGGGUUCUCUUUCGGACGCCACACAAUGCUCCGCCUCCGUGACGCGUUUCUAUAGCAACAUUUAACGAAAGGCUCGCGCGAGUGAAAAAAAAAACAUGCAGAAAAUGUCGGCGAUGAACAGAAAACUAAUUCAAAACCUCGCCGAAACAUUAUGCAAGCAAGUCAAACACUUUAAUAAAGCGGAGACGGAGUGUCUGAUAAGGCUGUUCAACGGUCUGCUGGGAGAGCAGGCAGAGAGAAGAGCGCCUCACGGACUGGACCGGGUCAGGUUUAGAAAUAUACUGCACAACACGUUCGGCAUGACCGACGAUAUGAUGAUGGACAGCGUAUUUCGUGCGUUUGACAAAGACAAUGACACCUACAUAAGUGCCAAAGAGUGGGUGGAAGGCCUGUCCGUGUUUCUGCGAGGCACCCUGGACGAGAAAAUUAAAUUCUGUUUCGACGUCUACAACCUGCAUGGGGACGGAUACAUCUCACGGGAGGAGAUGCUACAAAUGCUCAAAGACAGCCUCGUCAGGCAACCCACCGAAGAUGAUCCCGACGAAGGAAUUAAGGACAUUGUGGAGAUCGCCUUGAAAAAAAUGGAUUAUGACCACGAUGGGAAAGUUUCUUAUUCAGAUUUUGAGAAGACGGUCAAAGAUGAAAACCUUUUACUGGAAGCCUUCGGCAACUGCCUCCCAGACACAAAGAGCGUACUGGCCUUCGAGCAAUACGCCUUUCAGGAACCACACGGACAUUAAAAAGAACCGCUUCAUUUUUUGAAACAGUAUUUGUGGCUGAAACUGAAAUAAAUGUGUAAAAUGUU